UACCUUGAAUAGGACAAGACGUAGUUGAGUUCAUUUGAGGAGGUUUCUCUGUUAAUAACGCUACUUUAAAUAGAUUCUUUGCUUUACAUUUUGUAUUACCUUUUGUAUUAGCUGCUUUAGCUUUAAUGCAUCUUAUAGCUGUUCAUGAUACAGCUGGAGCAAGUAAUCCUUUAGGAGUACCUGGUUAUUACGAUAGAAUGCCUUUUGCUCCAUACUUCUUAUUCAAAGAUUUAGUUACUAUAUUUAUCUUCUUAUUUGGUUUAAGCUUAUUCGUAUUCUUUAUGCCUAAUGUAUUAGGUGAUAGUGAAAAUUACGUAAUGGCUAAUCCAAUGCAAACUCCAGCUGCUAUAGUACCUGAAUGAUAUUUAUUACCUUUCUAUGCUAUAUUAAGAUCUAUACCUAAUAAAUUAUUAGGAGUUGUAGCCAUGUUUGCUUCUUUACUAAUUAUAUUAGUAUUACCUAAAACAGAUUUAGGUUUAACUAAAGGUUUACAAUUCAGACCUUUAAGCAAAGUAAUGUUCUAUAUAUUCGUUAUAAAUUUCUUAAUAUUACAACAAUUAGGAGCUAAACACGUUGAAAGUCCAUUUAUAGAAUUUGGACAAAUCAGUACAGCUUUAUACUUCGCACAUUUCUUAGUAAUAAUGCCUGUUACUAGUAUAAUAGAAAACACACUUGUUGAUUUAUAUCAAAUAAACAAUCAAGCGAAAUAA